UGGUGAGCACUCAGACGGCGGACACUCAGUAGUCACCAGUCAGUCGAACUCUCGCAGUCACACGGUCCACUUUUGUCCUGCCACCGUCCAAGAAGACACACCUCCAACGUCAGUUUUGUCGCCGUAGUCGUUGUGACCACAUCCGUAGUACGUCCGUUGUCGGAAUUACCAAACAGAAAUGAGUUCUCCGUCGUUAAAAGAUCUGCCAAAGGUAGCAUUCGACCUUAAAAAUCAACUCGAAGGGUUCAAUCCUGACAAUAUGAAAAAGGCUGAUACUAAUGAAAAAAUCAUUCUUCCUACUGCUGAAGACGUGAAACGCGAACGCCAACAUAACGAUCUCAUCCAUGGCGUCAAUAACUUUAGCGCGGACAAGCUGAAAAGGACAGAUACUCUGGAAAAAGUAAUCUUGCCGAACGCUCAAGAUGUUGCUGCGGAAAAAAGCCAAAAAGCCAUCACUGAAGCACUCAUUGAAGGCGUUGGUGGGUUCGAUACUAACAAAUUGAAGCACACCGAGACUCAAGAAAAAAAUCCACUUCCUGAUAAGACUGUGAUUGAAGCCGAAAAGGAACAACAACAAUUAAUUGCCGGUAUUGAGAACUUUGACCCUGCAAAGUUGAAACCCACAGUAACUGAAGAAAAAAACCCAUUGCCCACUAAAGAAGUUAUAGCUGAAGAGAAAAAAGCCUAAGCAUCGUCAUUCCUAAUGGUUCCUCUAUGGGAUGGAUAAACUAUUAUAUUAAUUAUACUCUUACAUUUGUAUCACCUUUUUAGUUGGUAAAAUCUGUACGAAAAUGUGAACACUUUACAUAAAAUACAUAUGCUAUAGAUGGUCAUUUAUAAUUAAGAAUCUCUAAACCAAUUCUGUCUUGAUGUAUUAACUUAUAAGUUAAAUAUAUAAUAUAUGUAUUUAUUUUGCAUUUUUUAACACUCAAUGUAUGUGUAUUUUUUUACUCUUUUUAAACAUUUUUUUUAUAUAACCCAAUACAUAGAUAUGUUACUUUGUAACACCAAUAUAAACAUACAACUUAAAAAAUAAAUGUAUUUUUUUUAUUGUG